CUCUAUGGGGCUCUGUGGGUUUCUAUGGGGUCACUGCGUUGGUCCCCACCCCACACUUGUGGGUCCCGCCCCACAGAUGUGCUGGGCAACGCCUACGUCUCUCUGUUCUUCGCCGGGGGGCAGCGCCCCGAAGUGGCCAGGAGGGCUUUGGGGGCUUACGGACAGGCGGAAAAAGUCGACCCGACGGCCGCCUCCAAUCCCGACCUCCACCUCAACCGCGCCACGCUGCUGCAGUUCGAAGAGAACUACGGGGCCGCCCUGGAUGGCUACGCGCGGGCGGCUGCUCUGGCUCCUGAUUGGCCCGAGCCGCGCAUGCGCCGUGCCAGGCUGCUGGAUUACUUGGGGCGGAUCUGCGCCGCCCUGGGUGCAGCGGGCAAGGCCCGGGGCCGGAGGCGCAGGGCGCUGUCGCCGUCGCUGCUGGGAUCUCUGGGGGAAGCCGUGACCCCGAUGGCGGCGCUGGGGGACGGGGACAACGUGGGGCGGGCGCUGCUGGGCCGAGUGCUGGGCUGCGUGCUGCCCGACGAGAGAGUGCCCAUCGCUGUGGGGCUGUCGGAUGGGACGGGUUCGGUGGUGCUGAGCGUUUACAACGCGGCCCCAGGAUGGGGGUUGGCCGUGGGGGACGCAGUCGCCGUGGGGCAGCCCCACGUCCGCCGUCAUCACAUCCAGCAUCAGGGCAAGGUGAGG